AUGAAAACAUCGAUCAAACACUUACCUGUUGAAUUAUGGAUCUCAAUCUUUUCUUAUUUGGAAGUACAUGAUCUUUUUCAAGCGUUCACUAAUUUAAAUAAUUAUUUUGAUAAAUUAAUUGCGUCUAAUUAUCUUUUAUUUAAUGUACGAUUAGGGAAAAGUGAUCAUAAUCCAUUAGAAUAUUCUAUUCGACUAUAUUGGUCUGAUUCAAUACUAAAUCGUAUUAUUAGUCUUCAACCAAUUAUUCAACAUAAAACUUCUCAUAUACCUGAAUUUCUUCGUUGGCAUUGUUCGAAAUUGAUUUAA